AUGUCUUUAUCCACUGAGACUCUUAGUAAAAUCAAGAAAUAUAUUGUUAUUAGUUUUGCAGUAAUAAUUGGAAGUGUAUUUUUAUUAUCUUUACUUCCUGACUCACCUAUUCCAAAAGUAUUAAUGUCAAUAUUUAAAAUAAUUCAAAAUUUAGAUAUUAUUACUUCAAGUAUUAUUAUAACAAUAUUACAUAUUAUUGCUGUUCCUUUUAUGAUUCCUACAACACCAAUUACUAUUGUUGCUGGAAUUAUGUUUGGAACUGUAUUAGGAACAAUAAUAAGUACUAUAGGAUGUACAAUUGGUGCAAUUAUUGUUUUCUUUAUAACUCGUUUUGUUGUAUUAGAAACAAUAAAUGAAUAUAUCAAUAAAAAUGAAAAUUUAAAAUUAAUGCAACUUAUUGUAAAAGAAAAUGGUUUAAUCUUUAUUACUCUUCUUCGUGUUUCACCAGUAUUUCCAUUUCCUAUUAUUAAUUAUAUUCUUCCACCAGUUGUUGAUUUUAUACCAUAUGCCAUUGGGACUUUGAUUGGAUUAAUUCCAUGUAAUUUUGUUGUUGUUUAUUUCUCUGCUUCAAUGACAAAUAUUACUGAAGUAUUUUCUUCAAGUUUUGUUAUUAUAUUUUUUUUUAAAUGA